AUGUCUCUUGAUAGCCGAGCAGUCGCAUAUCAGCCGCAUCUGAAGAUCGAAGAUAGCGCUUUCGAAAUGUUGCAUGAGCUGGAUCAUCCAGAAUUCGACAGAGAUGCCUCGCUGGAACUUGUGGGAGAAUGUCCCUUACUCUCGUCCGAUUUCUUUUCUUCCGAUGCAGCCAGUACAGACUCUGGUGGCGUACGUCGGCCGUCGCUCACAUCUUCUUCCACUUACUCGGCCUCGCCCGAAGCAUUCUGGACUCCAUCAGCACCGGCGGCGAGCCCCAUGACCCCCAUGCUGGUCGAGCCCAGCACAUAUUUGAGAUCGAAAGAAUAUGUAAAGCCCGCAUCUUACCUCACUGACAAUCGCCACAUCUUCCAUCAUGCGCAAGAAGAUGAGCCCUGCCCUCGCAGAUCUUUGUGGGAGACUCCCAGAUACUCUGGUCUGUCAAUGCUGGAUGGUACUCAUGAGCUGCUUGCUGGGGAGGCUGGCCGUCCAUUGUACCAUCCCGACAUACAAGGUCUGAGCUACGGAAACACCAAUCUAGUGUUGACAAAAGCGAUAUUUGCUGGACCAUCGAACCCCAAUGCAUGUGCAAUGAUGACAGCAACGGACGACGAUCUGCUUCCAUGGAACUCUGCAGCCGUCCAUCCUCCUGAAGAGACGAUAGCACCAAGGCUUGCCUUUCGUGCAACCUUGACAAGCUCCCCAAGUUACAAGGUUGACCCGUCGACGCCUCCGAAGCUGCACAUACCUCAGUCUGCAAUCUUGAGCAGCAGUCCCUUAUCGGUAAUAGCGCCGCAAAUGCUGCCGUCACAACAUGGGGUGGAGGAGUUACCGUAUGAAUCACUGCAGCAUAUCGUCAGUCCAGUGAAAAAACAACCAACAAACACUGAUCGGCUCCAUCGGCGCCCUUACGAGCGAAAGCGUCCUGUUGGUCCAUCAUCUAAACCCAAAGCAACACCCAUCAAGUCCGGUAUGAACUGCGACUAUAUCAUCACAACAAAUGAAUUUGCCUGUAGCUAUCCCGGAUGUAUCGACAAACACACCGGAAAACAGAAGCGAUUCAAAAGGCAAGAGCACAAGAAGCGUCAUGAGAAGACUGUACAUGAAAAGUCUACUCACACAACUUACAAGUGUUGGGUCCCUGAAUGCAAUAGACCAUUCUCGAGAACAGACAACCUGAAAAGUCAUCUGAGAAAUACUCACUCCAAAAAACCCGGGGUUCGGGGAAACCGAUACGUCGCCACAUUGGACAAGAACAGCGAGUUCUAUGAUCCAGAUUGGGUUGGCGAGCUUGACAAGAACGGAUAUCCGAUCCAUUGA